AAAAACUUAAUCUUAAAAUAUAACAUUACAAAGACAGUAUUAUUCUUAUUAAGAUCAGUUUUAAUUUGAAUUAACAAGAAGUAUAAUUCAAGUAGGUAUAACUUUAAUUUUACACAAUGUCUCAGCAUUCAGAAAAAGAGUGUAUUGACGCUAGCACAACAAAUAUUGGUCUUUGCACAUCUCCUUUAAAUAAAUUUGUAUGGAAUAUGGCUAACACAAGAGUAUUAUUAGAUUUAUGGAAAGAUAAUUACAAUGCAUUAACAUCUGCAAGAAGAAACACAAAUAUUUACAAACAAAUGGCAGCUGAAUUUUCAAACACAUUUAAUAUCGUACCUCCGUUAACUGGAUAUCAAAUUCAAUCUAAAAUUAGUAAUUUGAGGAAACAAUUUAGACGAGAAAAACUUCAAGUUGGUUCAUCGGGAGGAGCUCCUAGUAAAUGGUGGCCUUACGAUAUUGUUGCCAAAAUAAUAGGUGGUGAAGCUUCCCUUGACAAUGACCUUUUAUCUCAAAGUCAAAACUUUUCUACUCAAGAUUUUCAAGAUGGUCAGAUUGCCACAAUGGAAGAUGGCAAGAAGACUGUCAGUAUUUUAAAUACUGAAGCUUUGGACGAUACAAGCGAUGUGCAAUCAAUUGUCACUAUUCCUGAUGAGGAACCAACUCAAUCUACAUCCGGCUGCAAUAAACGGAGGAGCUCUGAUGAUGAAAAAACUUUGAAUAAAAUAGCAAAAACUGAACCGGUGAGAAAAAAUAAAAAAACAAAUUUUUUUUCUGAGUAUUUAAAAUUAGCAAAUAAAAAUCUAGAUGUUCAAAUCCGUUCACAAGAGCUACGAAUCAGAGAGGUUGUUGCUUUAAAGCGUAUUUGCGAUGCAAUUGAAAAUGCACCUAAAGCCCAAGUAGAUGUGUCUAAAGCCCAAGUAGAAUAUUAUAAAUUUUUAAUAAAAAAAUAAGGUGUUCUAUUA